GGUUUUCACCGUAAGGGGGAAAGAGAUUCGUACGGAUGCCCGCUAAGGACUUUCCAGCCCGCUUCGAAUAGCGGAGGCGCAUGCGCACUGGGAGAAGCGUGCUCUGGCUCCUGCUAAGCAAAACAAAAGCAUCCGGUGGAAUCCUGGCCCGAAAGAGGAGCAAAGUCCACAUUGCCUAUGACUCUCCUGGAGAAAAUGGGGCCAAGGAGGCACCCAAAAGGAAGAGAUGGGAGCCCCGGAAUUGGGAGCAGCACCUGAGCAACAUUCGGGAAAUGAGGAAGGCGAAAGAUGCUCCCGUGGACCAGAUGGGAGCCGGGAAAUGCUACGACGCCGAUGCCCUUCCGGAGGUCAUGCGCUAUCAGGUUCUCCUGUCGCUGAUGCUCUCCAGCCAAACCAAGGACCAGGUCACUUCAGCCGCCAUGAUGCGCCUCCGGGAACAUGGCCUCACCGUGGACAACGUUCUGAAGACCGAUGAUGCGGUUUUGGGUCAACUCAUCUAUCCAGUGGGGUUUUGGAAGCGCAAAGUGAAGUACAUCAAGGACACCACCGCCAUCCUGAAGCGCGACUACGACAGCGACAUCCCCAAGACGGUCGAAGAGCUGGUCAAGCUGCCAGGGGUCGGCCCCAAGAUGGCCCAUUUGGUGAUGGACAUCGCUUGGCAGGACGUCUCCGGAAUCGGUGUAGACACGCAUGUGCAUCGGAUUUGCAACCGGUUGAAGUGGACCAAGAAGGAAACCAAACUCCCCGAGGAGACAAGGCAAGCCUUGGAAGAAUGGCUGCCCAGGGAGCUCUGGAGCGAGAUCAACUGGCUGCUGGUUGGGUUUGGCCAGCAAACCUGCUUGCCCGUCGGCCCCCGCUGCAGCCAAUGUCUCAACAAGGAGAUCUGCCCGGCUUCCAGGAAACGCUGAAGACGCAAAACAGGGAAUGGCGAUUCCAUGAAGAUGUAUUCGGACUUUCAUUCGGGAACAGGAGUCUUGAAUCAGAGGGGAUGGAAUCGUAUAGCCUUCCAGAUGGGGUUGGACUACAAUUCCCAACGCUCCUCCCUGGCUGGGGAUGAUGGGAGUUGCAGUCCAAGCUCUGGAAGGCCAUAUGGCUAGGCUAAUCCCAAUUGUUUAGCCUGUAUAGACAAGAAUAGUUGGUCCCCAUUUAAUCAGUGGCCCUUAAUGGCUUUUCUUGGGUUGGAAAUAUGGCCAGGGAGAGGCAAAAUGAGGGCAUCUCUUCCUCUGAGUAUAAUAUAAGUGCCACAGACUCACUAAAAUCGAAAAAAGGAGUUGAUUUAGCUUGCUGCGAAACAAUAUUGGGCAACUUAUGGGGAACUCAUUGGCUUUUUGGGUGACUACCAUGUGCAUACUUUUCCUCCCUUCCUAAGAAAUGUUUGCAGAUCCUGGAAUUCCCCAUUCAAAUGCUAAUAAGUUGGUUGCUAGGCAGGAAUCAAAAAAGGGGGCACCCAUGGAAAAUAGGUGCAAAUCAUAUGGCUCAAAGUAGGAAUUGUUCGGCUAAACCAAGAGCAGAAAUUAUUGUUAAUUUUCCAGUCCUGUUGGGUUGCAAUUCCCAGCAGUGAGGAAUGAUGGGCUUUGCAGCCCCUCAAGUCAUUCCCAAACAUUGGAGAGAACCUUAAAUAAAUCCCAAUCUAUUUUUCUAUAAUAAUCUUUUGCCAUGCCUUACCAGUCGUCUUGGAUCGCAACCCCCAGCAGCCCCAAAUGGUGAGGAAUUAUGGGUGUUGCAGUCCCAUUUGAGAGAAUGGCAUUCACCUUACACUGUUCUUCCUAUAAUAAACACUAGCUUUGCCCGGCCACGCGUUGCUGUGGCUUAUGCUUUCAGAGUGUUGCUCUUUAUUUACUGUCCUGAUUUUAGAGAUUAUAUUGUUCUGUAUUAUUAUUAAUCGCUUUGAAUGCGAUUUCCUGCUUCUUAGCAGAAUGGGGGUUGGACUGGAUGGCCCAUGAGGUCUCUUCCAGCUCUACUAUUCUAUGAUUCUAUAUCACAGUAAUUAUUACAUAUUAUAUUUAUAAUCUUAUACUAGCUGUGCCCGGCCACGCGUUGCUGUGGCGAAGAAUGGUGGUAUGGGAAAUAAAGUAUUGAGGAAUUGGUGGUAGUUAAGGUAAAGGGUAAACGUUUUCCCCUGACGUUAAGUCCAGUCAUGUCUGAUUCUGGGGGUUGGUGCUCAUCUUCAUUUCUAAGCCGAAGAGCCGUCGUUGUCUGUAGACUCCUCCAAGGUCAUGUGGGAUGACUGCAUGGAGCAGCGUUACCUUCCCACCGGAGCAGUACCUAUUGAUGCACUCACAUUUACAUGUUUUUGAACUUCUGGGUUGGCAGUAGCUGGGGCUAACAGUGGGGGCUCUGUCAGUUCCCCCAAUUCAAACCUGCGGCCUUUCGGUCCAGAAGUUCAGCAGCUCAGCGCUUUAACAUGCUGUGCCAUCAGGGGACAUUAUUUCCUAAAGGUUGUGAAUAUACAAUAUUUCUGAUUGUUGUUUUUUUUUUGUCUGUUGGAGGCAAGUAUGAAUGCUGCAAUUAGGAAAAAUGAUUAGGAUGUAAUGGCCUUGCAGAUUUAAAGCCUAGCUGUUUCCUCCCUGAGUGAUUUUUUUUUGUUGGGAGGUGUUAGCUGGCCAUGAUUGUUUCCUGUCUGGAAUUACCUUGUUUUCAGAGUGGUGUUGUUUGCGAUAUUUUAUAUGCUUCUACUGUCUGUGGCCCUGAGAAAACAGAGGAUUGGCCAGACUUUGAUGAUGGGAAUCCUUUGUUGGGAGGUGUUAGCUGGCCCUGAUUGUUUUCUGUGUGGAAUUCCCCUAUUUUCAGAGUGUUGUUCUUUAUUUAGUGUUCUGAUUUUAGAGAUUGUAUUGUUCUGUUUUAUUAUACCACAUUAAUUUUUAUAUAUUCUGAUUUUAGUGUUUUUGAAUACUUGGAGCCAGAUUGUAUUCAUUUUCACGGUUGACCGCAACACAAUAAUAAUAAUAAUAAUAAUAAUAAUAAUAAUAAUAAUAAUAAUAAUAAUAAUAGUAAGGAUAGUAAUGAUAGUAAUAAUAAUGACUUUGGUAAUACAUAGUGCUUCACUGCCUUCUCAGCUUCCUUUCUGGAAGAAUCCUUUCUUGGGAGGUGUUAGCUGGCCCUGAUUGUUUCCUUUGUGGAAUUUCCAAUUUCCUUGCUUUAUUUACUUUCUUUAUUUCUUUAUUACUGUCCUGGUUUUAGAGAUUAUAUUGUUCUGCAUUAUUCUAUCCUAGAAAUUAUUUCAUAUCAAAGUAGAUAUUACCACAGUAAUUAUUUCAUAUUACAGUAGAAUCUCACUUAUCCAACAUUCGAUUAUACAAUGUUCUGGAUUAUCCAACACAGUCUGCCUUUUCAUAAUCAAUGUUUUUGUAGUCAGUGUUUCAAAUUCAUUGUGAUAUUUUACUGGUAAAUUUGUAAAUACAGUACAGUAGAGUCUCACUUAUCCAACAUAAGUGGGCUGGCAAAAUGUUGGAUAACCGAAUAUGUUGUAUAAUAAGGAGGCAUUAAGGAAAAGCCUAUUAAAUAUCAAAAUAGGUUAUGAUUUUACAAAUGAAACACCAAAACAUCAUGUUAGACAACAAAUUUGGCAGAAAAAGUAGUUCAAUACGCAGUAAUGCUAUGUAGUAAUUACUGUAUUUAUGAAUUUAGCAAUAUAUCAUGAUAUAUUGAAAACAUUGACUACAAAAAUGCGUUGGAGAACGUUGGAUAAGCGAGUGUUGGAUAAGUGAGACUCUACUGUAAUUACUACAUAGCAUUACUGCGCAUGGAACUACCUUUUCUGUCAAAUUUGUUGUAUAAUAUGAUGUUUUGAUGCUUAAUUUGUAUAACGAUUACCUAAUUUGAUGUUUAAUCAGCUUUUCCUGAAUCCCUUCUUAUUAUCCAAUAUAUUUACUUAUCCUGCCGGCCUGUUUAUGUUGGAUAAGUGAGAGUCUACUGUAUAUUGAUCAUCUUAUAUUAUCUGCUUAGAACUGGAUUAUAUGAGGCCCCUUCUUCACAGUUGUAUAAAAUGCACACUGAAGUGGAUUAUAUGGAAGUGUGGAGUCAAGAUAAUCCAGUGCAAAGCAGAUAAUAUAAGAUUAUAAAUGGGUUAUAUAGCUGUGUGGAAGGGCCUUGAGUCUACACUGCCAUAUAAUCCAGUGCAAAUUAGAUAAUCUGUGGAAGAAGCCUAAGUGAGGCCUAAAUUUGCCUGUCCCCUAACUGAAACCUGGCUGUCCCUUGGUUGCUAGGCAACGAAGUGGGCAGAGAUUAGCCCUCUAAACUGGCAGCAAUUGGAUAAAAACAAUUAUUGCUCUCGCUCUAAUUAGGACUUUAUUUUUCUUUUCUUUUUGUUGUAUCAACCUAGAGGCGUGGAUGAUGGGUUGUGUUGUCAAAUUUCGAGGUUGGGGGGCCUGUAGUUUUGUUGUUUUGUCCACUGCCCUGAUGCCAUCACUCUUUUAUAUAUAUAGAUUAUCUGUUUAGAACUGGAUUAUAUGAGGCCCCUUCUUCACAGCUGUAUAAAAUGCACACUGAAGUGGAUUAUAUGGCAGUGUGGAGUCAAGAUAAUCCAGUUCAAAGCAGAUAAUAUAAGAUUAUAAAUGAGUUAUAUAGCUGUGUGGAAGGGCCUUGAGUCUACACUGCCAUAUAAUCCAGUGCAAAUUAGAUAAUAUGUGGAAGAGGCCUAAGUGAGGCCUAAGUCUGCCUGUCCCCUGGGCUGAGUUGGUUGCUAGGAGUGGGCAGAGAUUGCUGCUCUAACAGGCAGCAAUUGGAUAAAAACAAUUAUUCCUUUCCCUCUAAUUAGGACUUUUUCUUUUCUUUUUGUUGUAUCAACCUAGAGGCGUGGAUGAUGGGUUGUGUUGUCAAAUUUCGAGGUUGGGGUGCCUGUAGUUUUGUUGGUCGCCGUGAUGCCAUCACUCAUUUUUAUAUAUAGAUUAUGUUCUUUGUUAAACACUGUGUCUGCAAUUAUGUAAACUGUGUCUACACUGUUCAAUUAAUACAGUUUGAUGCCACUUUGAUGGCCAUACAGCUCAAUGCGAUGACAUCCUGGGGGUGGUAGUUUGCCGAAACUACGUCUCCCAGGAUCCCAUCACCUUGAGCCAUGGCAGUUAAAAAGUGAUACCAAACUGCAUUAAUUCUGCAUUGUAGAUGCAUCAGUGCCAAGGAGAGAGUUGCAGGAUUUUCAAUACAGCAAACACCAGGAACGCUCUCUGUACAUGGGAAACCUCUUUUUUAUUACUGACAUUUUAGUAUACAUUUAUUUAUUUUACACAAUGCAAUUAACAGCUCUUUAUAUAACUUUGCAAUAGGUAUCUAAGAAGUGCGGAAACAGAGGGUUAACUGUGCUUAGCGUUGGAACGUGCUUUUUUAAAUCAGGAGGGGAAAUAAAUCAUUUGGGAUGCGGGAUCGUUAUAUAUUAUUACUAGAUGUGCCCGGCCACGCGUUGCUGUGGCGAAGUCUGGUAGUAUUGGAAAUAAAGUAUUGAGGAAUUGGUGGUAGUUAGAUAAAGGGUCCCCUGGGCUGAGUGGGUUGCUAGGAGACCAAGUGGGUGGAGCUUAGCCUUCUAACUGGCAGCAAUUGGAUAAAAACAAUUAUUCCUCUCCCUCUAAUUAGGACUUUAUUUUUCGUUUCUUUUUGUUAUAUCAACCUGGAGGCGUGGAUGAUGGGUUGUGUUGUCAAAUUUCGAGGUUGGGGGGGCCUUUAGUUUUGUUGGUUGCCGGGAUUCCAUCACUCUUUUAUAUAUAUAUAUAUAUAGAUUAUAUUUGCGGAUGAGUUUCCCGCAGGUAUUUCGAUCCUCAAAGCCAUGCUCUCAACCCACGAAAGGGCUUCUGUGCUACUCUGAGUGCAUCCACGCUGUCGAAUUAACCCAGUUCGAUACCACUUUUAACUGCCACUGGCUCAACACUAUGCAAUGUUGGGAGCUGUCCUUAGUGCUGAAGUAUGUCUCCCAGGAUCCCAUAGCACUGGGCAGUUAAAGUGGUGCCAAACUGGAUCAGUUCUACAGUGUAGGCAAACUUGGGCCCUCCGGGUGUUUUGGACUCCAACUCCCACAAUUCCUAACAGCCUACCGGCUGUUAGGAAUUGUGGGAGUUGGAGUCCAAAACACCCGGAGGGCCCAAGUUUGCCCAUGCAAACCCUUCCAACGUUGCAUUGUCUUAACAUUUCAGCAAAAUAUUCUUCCAAAACUCUUUCCAAAGUGAGGAUAUUUUUUUUUGCUCAAUCUCUUUGCAACACAUAGAAAUAUGGAAUUCAUCAUUCUAAGGCACCAUAUUCAACUUUACAAAAUAUACACAUGCGUCGUCUCUUUGCUCUUAAAAAAUAUUGCUUUCCAUUCUUUCAUAAGCCAACAUACAUUGUCCACUUGGGCUCCACGUCAGGACUGCAAACGCUUGCUUUGAGUGCAUCUACACUGUUGAGUUAAUGCAGUUUUGCACCACUUUAACUCUUGUAACUCACUACUAUGGAAUCCUGGGAGCUGUCUUUUUACGAUAUCCUCAGCCUAUGGAAUACUCCCAAUUUUCUUCAAUUGCAUGGCUCUUUUUGAUGCAUCUACACUGGAUAAAUAAUGCGGGUUUGCACCACUUUAACUCCUGUAACACUACUAUGGAAUCCCGGGAGCUGUAUUUUUACGAUAUCCUCAGCCUAUGGAACACUCCCAAUUUUCUUCAAUUAUAUGGCUCUUUUCAGUGCCAUCUACACUGAAUAAAUAAUGCGGGUUUGCACCACUUUAAUUCCCAUAACUCAGUGCUAUGGAAUCCCAUAUUUUUACGAUGUCCUGUGCCUAUGGAAUACUCCCAGUAUUCCAUAGCAUUGAGUUACAUGAGUUAAAGUGGUCCAAGACGGCAUUAUUUCCCCAGUGUAGAUACACCAAAAAGAGCCAUACAAUUGAAGAAAAUUGGGAGUAUUCCACAGGCUCAGUGGUGCAAAACUGCAUUAUUUCCCCAGUGUAGAUGCACCAAAAAGAGCCAUACAAUUGAAGAAAAUUGGGAGUAUUCCACAGGCUCAGUGGUCCAAAACUGCAUUAUUUCCCCAGUGUAGAUGCACCAAAAAGAGCCAUACAAUUAAAAAAAAUGGGAGUAUUCUAUAAGCUCAAGUGGUCCAAAACUGCAUUAUUUCCCCAGUGUAGAUGCACCAAAAAGAGCCAUACAAUUGAAAAAAAUGGGAGUAUUCUAUAAGCUCAAGUGGUCCAAAACUGCAUUAUUUCCCCAGUGUAGAUGCACCAAAAAGAGCCAUACAAUUG